AACCUUGACAAUAGGAUGUCCUGCUUUGGGUGGGGAGCCACUAUAAAUGCUUUUCAUUAUCAUCUUCCCAUCACAAACCAUUCUAGUCGAUCCACCAUGCAGAACUUGCUGAUAGCGGCGCUUUUGGCCACCCUUGCCAGUGCUGACGUCAAACAUUUGCUCAAUCAGCGGCAAGCUGGGGGGUAUCAGUAUGAGGGCGCAGCGCCCCCAACCAGCUACGGCGUCCCCAUCGCUUCAGUGCUAGGAAACAGUGCCCAAAGUGCUGAAAUUCCGCAGCUGUCUUUGCCCAGCUACGCUUACAGCGGCGCCUUCGGGUCCCCGUCGACCGGUGGGGUGCAGCUGCACAGCUUCAACAGCUUCUCCACCCCUGCUCCAAGUGUGGACUUUGGGGGAGUGCAAGUUUCCACCUCAUCCCCCUACGGGGACUUUUCCACUGCCGCUCCAAGUGUGGAUCUGUCCGGUUUGCAGGUCUCCACGCCCUCAUCCAUCGACUUUGCCCAGUACAGCCAGCCCAACAGCUACCAAUUUCUGUCCUCUUUCAGCCAGCCCACUGUUCAAGUGCCAUCUUUCGGAAUUUCCCAAUUUGCCCCCGAAAUAUCCAACAAUGCGGGAAGCGCCGGCAGCUUAAACGAAGCCUUCGGAGUAGCGACGGACGCUGCUGCUGCCAGCAGCGCAGACUCGGACGUUUCCAAACAGCUGUACUUCUUCGCCGCCCCCGAAGAGGAGGAGGAAGAGGAAGUGGAGGCCAAGAUCGACCUGCCUGCAGCUCCACCUAAGAAGACGUACAAGAUCAUCUUCAUCAAGGCGCCAGCCUACCGCAACAAGGCCGUGAUCAACGUGCCUGCCCCCCCGCAAACUGAAGAGAAGACGCUGGUGUACGUUUUGGUGAAGAAGCCUGAAGGCAAACCAACAGUGCGAUUCCAAGCAGGAGCUGCGCUCCCUCAACCCAAGCCCGAAGUGUUCUUCAUCAAGUACAAGACGCAAAAAGAAGCCGAAGCUGCUGUUGCGGAAAUCCAGAGCAAACAUGGAGCCAAUGGCCAGAUUAUUGCUAAUCUUCCUGCUGGCGCCGUUCAUCCCGACGUUCCCGGUCAAGUGUUCGAGUCCUCCACUCCAGCUAGCCACUUUGAGAGCCGCAUUUCUUCGCAAGUUUCCCAGCAGGAGGAAAAUGCGCAAUUUGGCUUGAGUGUUUCCCCGAGCCCAGUCACCUUCGGCAACGACUUCGUGGACUCUCAGAAGGUCUUUGGAGGUGGCAUCGCCCCCAGCCAACCGGAGGAGGCGGAAAGUGCAGUGGCGUCUACUGAGCAGCCUGAAGAAGAGCAGCGGCAGGGGGGCGCAGAAAGUCCCGACAGCAGCAACCAAAGCGCUCAAGUGGCAGGAUUUGCCUCGUAUGGACCUCCUAAAUACUAGGAAAUUGUAACGCCAAAAAAUUGCAUAUUUUUGCAGCUGCUAAAACCCUCCGAAAGUAACUGAAGAAAUAAAAAUCGUUUGCCUGA